CCAAAACCCCAAAACCAAAAAACAAAAAAGAAAAAGAAAAAGAAAAGAUGGCACAAAAGAUGGUAGCCACAUUUAGAAGAUCCCUCUCCUUUCCAAACCACCCUAGUUGUUCUUCCUCUUCUUCCUUUUCUUCAUCAUCAUCAUCAUCAUCCUCUUCAUCUUCAUCCAACCGUCCUAGAAAGAGUCUCCACAUCAGAUCCGUCAGUCUUCCCAGCAGGUCAUCUGAUCACCCUUUGAUUUCCCAGCUCAGGGAUGGAGUUACUCACCUCAAAUCCUGGGCUCAGGCCCGCAACAACAACAACAUUGAUCAAGACGCUGAUCAGCCCGAAUCCCGAAACUCGGCCUGGAUUUGCGAUGGUCUAAGCCAACUUAAGGCCGUUGAGGAAUCCUUAGACGACCUUCUCCAGCUUCCAAAAGCCAGAGAAUCUCUGCUAGCGAGCCGUGGCUUGAUUGACAAGUUUCUUGAUGAUUUCCUCAGAUUCCUAGACGCUUACGGGAUCUUCCAGAUGCUGAUCCUAACCUUGAAGGAGCAUCAUUCAUCUGCUCAAGCGGCUUUAAAGAAGAGAGAUUACUUGAAGAUGAGCUUAUGCUCCAAGAAUUUCAGGAAGAUGGCUAGAGAUUUUCGCCAGUUGUCUUCUUCGCUACCGUCAUCGUCGACCCAACAAAAGUCCAGCCGGCGAGUAAGGAUGUUUGUUGAUGAUGACGACAGCGAAGAUGACGUAGAUGAUGAUGAAGAUGAUGAUGAUCAGAUUGUGAAUGUUAUCAAGGACGUGAUUGAGGUCACGGCCUCGGUUUCAUUUGCAUUAUUCAAUGGCCUGUCUGUGUCUUUAGCUGCUUCUCGGAAACCGGUAUCGUGUUUGCCAUUGUCGAUCAUGAUCAGUACAAAUCAAAAGCGAGGAGGGCCAGCAGAAGGCAUUCUGGAGUUUGAGGAGAUUAAUGUUUUCGGGAAGAACAACAUUAAUAAGAUUAUGAUCAAGGACGAGCAAGAGUUGAAGUCAAGGUCCAAGAAAAUGCAGCUGAUUGAGGAUUGCAUCCGUGGGAUUGAGAAUGGAAGUGAGAAAGUACUUAGGAGUUUGUUCAGCACCAGGGUUUCACUCCUCAAUGUUCUUACCUCACUGUAGAAAGAAAACCUAAUCAAAAUAAUUAGUUAACAUGAUCAUCUAACCACAGCUUUUUCUCUUUCCACUCUUUGAAUUCAUUCAUGAUCACUUUAAU